AUGUAGAUGGAAUUGGAAGGCAACACAAAAUACAAUGAGUAUGAAGAGAAAAUUAGGAAUCAUCAAACCAACGGUCACAACUACGAAUAAGAUAAAUUGCAUUAGAAGAAGGAAUCAGACGCUUAAUUCUUGAUUGCUUAAAACCCGCUCAUUAUGAGGAAUCUCUUAAUCAUCAUAGACACAACCAAAUCAUCCAAAGUGAGUGAUUUUAAACCAAGUCGUUUGGCAGUGGCCUUGCAGUUUUUGCCUGUAAAAAAACACACAAUAAUUCAUAAUUAGUCAUUUAUAGAGUAAUUUCUUGAGGGCAACCCUUUAUCUCAAAUAGGCAUAGCAGUUGCUGAAGAAUAUAAAUGCAAGACCAUUCUGGAUUUUACUUCAUCUUGUGUAAACAUAAAAUAAUAUUUGUCAACAAUCCAUUCAAUAAAUGAAGCCGGAUUUUCAAUGGCAGCCUGUUUAUAAACUGCUUUACAUGUUUUCUCAUCUACAUAAUUGCAUGCCUAAUCUAGUAUUUUGUUCGUGACUACAUCGACAUAUUCAGAUGAUAAGCUUGAUUUAAACGAAUGGAGUGAGAAGUGCCAAUCAGCAGCCAUUCAAAUCAAUAUGAUAUCAUUUGCAGGAGCCAUACAUCAAUUAAUUAAGAUAACCUAAGCAACAGAUGGAUAAUAUUUGUGUCCCAUUAAUGAAUUUCAAUUCAGCUAAGAAAUAUAGAAAUUCAUUUCACCAUAAGAAUCGAAGAACCAUAAAAUGAUUACACAAUUGGUAAAGAUUGGAUUCCCAUAGAAAUUUAUAGUAAGCCAGCCUACUUUGUGUUAAUGUCAUUUAGAAAUAAUAUACAAUUUUUAUAAAUGUCCAGUGUGUUAUAGCAAGGUUUGUUCUCCUCCUCUUUUAUGUCCAAUCUGUUCGACUUGGAUAGUUCUGCCUCAUUAGAUUCUCAGAAGUGAUGGUUACAAUACUUUAGGAGUGUUUGAAAUCAUAAAUGAUGGUUUGGAUCACAUAUGUCAGGGAUGUUUAGAACCAACUAGUGUAAUUCAUUCGACUUGCGAGAGAUGCAAAAACUUUUUCUGUUUAGAUUGUGAUGUGUUAAUCCAUUCUAAAUUUAAGGUAUGUCCAGGCUGUGCUUGA